UUAUGUUCUGGGAGAGUGAUUGACUUUAUCAGUCCAAGGACAUCAUCAGCCUGGUAAGGGGGGGAAGUUUGAUCCUCUUUCUCACGGAUCGCAGUCCACGGGAGUUUUUUUCUCCUCCCAACUCCUUACAUAGGAUUUUCCCUCCUGUUUUCGGCUUGGGUUUUUUAUUUUAGGAAUCCCUCUCCACGCAGAGUGGUGAAUCUCAGCGCAGCGCCUGCAGCCCGCGCGCUCCGCUAAACUGGAUUUAAAUUGUAUUUUUCCCGACUCCUAAGUUUGCUUCGAGCUCAUGACUAUGCUUCUUGAUAGCGGUCCGCAGUUUGCAUCGUUAGGAGUGGGGGGGUUCGGGACGCCACGGCACCACGACAUCGGGAACAGAGACCCGAGUCUGGGACUGAAUCCUUUCUCUGAUUCCUCCCACUCCGCCGCGUUUAAAAUAAGCCCCGUGGCGCACGACAUCGCUUCCAGCCAGACGUCAGCGUUCACUCCGCAAGCAAGUGGAUAUGCUGCUGCCCUGGGACACUCUCACGGCGGGCAGGUGGGCUCGUACGGUGGAGGAGCGUUCAACACAACACGAGACUUUCUCUUCCGAAACCGGGGCGUCGGAGAGUCCACUGCACCGAGCGCCCAGCAUGGGAUCUUUGCAGCCUCGACAGGGAGCCUGCACGGGCCGCCGGGGAUCCCCGACAACCCCGGACAUUUGUUGUUUCCUGGACUUCACGACCAGGCAGUCAGCCACACUUCAUCCAGCGGACACGUAGUCAACAGCCAAAUGCAUCUUGGUUUACGCGGGGACAUUUUCGGAAGACCCGACCCGUAUCGGCCAGUAGCGAGCCCCAGGACGGACCCAUACGGGGCUCAGCUCCACAACUACAACCACCCCAUCAACAUGAACAUGGGGAUGAAUGUGCCGACGCACCACGGUCCUGGGGCCUUCUUUAGGUACAUGAGGCAGCCAAUCAAACAAGAGUUAUCCUGCAAAUGGAUAGAGGAGAACCAGAUGAACAGACCCAAAAAGACGUGCGACAGGACUUUCAGCACCAUGCACGAGAUGGUCACGCAUGUGUCUAUGGAGCACGUCGGUGGCCCCGAGCAGAGCAACCACGUCUGCUUCUGGGAGGACUGUCCGAGAGAGGGCAAGUCUUUUAAGGCCAAGUACAAACUCGUCAAUCACAUCCGAGUGCACACGGGAGAAAAGCCGUUCCCGUGCCCGUUCCCCGGAUGUGGGAAAAUAUUCGCCAGGUCUGAAAAUCUCAAAAUCCACAAAAGAACGCACACAGGUGAGAAGCCGUUUAAGUGUGAAUUUGAUGGCUGCGACAGACGCUUCGCCAACAGCAGCGACAGGAAAAAGCACAUGCAUGUGCACACGUCAGACAAGCCAUACAUCUGCAAAGUGUGCGACAAGUCCUACACACACCCCAGUUCUCUCAGGAAACACAUGAAGGUACACGAGUCUCAAGGGUCUGAAUCCUCCCCAGCAGCCAGUUCCGGGUACGAAUCGUCCACACCGCCGGUGUUGGUCUCAGCCAGCACCGAGGACCCGACAAAAACACCGCCGUCAGCGGUGCAGAACACGUCUGGGCACAGCGAAGGACUGGCGCCCAACUUUAACGAAUGGUACGUUUGAAGGCAGAGCAGCAACGCCUCUGUCACCGUGGACCGGAAGGACGAGGAUAAACCAGGAGUAACUGAAAUUCCUUCUCACUUUGCGCACACACACACACACACACACACACACACACACACACACACACACACACACACACACACACACACACACACACACACACACACACACACACACACACACGAGACUGAAAGAACAA